AUGUCUUCCAGUCCUUGGAGAGAGGAACACGAAGAAGUGUUGGGCCUCAUGGGAUGCCCAACUACUUCCGUGCGGACCGUCUAUUACAAGAAACACAGCAUCUUUCUGUGUGGUGUUGUUUCCUUGCUUGCCCUCGCUGUCAUCACGAUCGCAGCGCUGCUGGUCGUUGUAUCGUCUCACGUCGCCUCUCAGGGAUAUCAAGAGUCACCUCCAUGGCUACCUCCACGGCGGCCAGCGAACGUGACGUUCAGCUUCAUGGAGCUUACUGCUUUUGAAGAGGGAGGUGGGUUUGUGUGGUUCAAUGGCACGCAGGUCCAGAGUCCUCCGGGCUCAGAGCGCCUCGCCGUUGUCUCGGUUUUCCAUCAGCUACACUGUCUGGAAAUGAUUCGCAUUGGAUAUUUUGUGGCCAUUGACAGUGAUCUUGAAAUCGUGGAUCAAGGCCCGGACCACUUCUCCCACUGCUGGGAUUAUUUGCACCAGGCUAUCAAGUGCCAUAGAGACACAACUCUGGAGUGGGUGCAUGAAGGUGACCCUGGAAGCAGCGGUUGGGGGUAUGAGCACCAGUGUACUGACUUCGAGGCACUAUGCUCAUGGGUGGAAGCGCACCCGCACCCGCACCGGGUGGUGUAG